CCGGCAUCGGGGUUUAGAACGAAUCGGAACGUCCGACGCCCCACAACUUCCAUCGCGCUCUCCGAAAAAGGUUAAAAACAAGAAAAAUCAAGACAGUUUUUUUUUCAGUGUGACAAGAGAGGCGGAGCUGCGGAGAAGAACCGGCGGAACAACAAACUGAACAGCGACACCGCAAAAAAAACACGGCGGAGAAACAAUAAAAGUCGGCCAGCGGCCAAAAACGCGCUCAUUGCGUGCGCUGUUUUCGCAACGGCAACGGAAAAUUAGCCAUCCGGUUGAGGUGCGAGCGAGACAGCGAGUGUACGGCAGCGGAAUACGGAUUGCCAGAGUAACGGGAAAAGUACGGAAAGUGCGGAACACCCGGAGGACAGGCGUACGAAAUACGGAACACGGAGUGCGGAUACGAAGUACGGAUACGAAGCCAGGAUGCGACACGCAUUUGUUGGAUUAAUUGUGUGCUGGCUGGCAGUUUGUCAACCGCAAGCUGAGGCGCAGUUCGGGGGCUUUGGACCACAGCAGCAGUUCCAGCCGCAGUACCAACAGGUAUACCGCCAACCGCAGUUCCAACAGGUGUACCGCCAACCGCAGGCUUACCAACAACAACCUCUGGUCUAUUACCAACAGCCCCAGCAGUUCCAGCAGCCCCGCCAGCGGCAGGGAUCCGUCUCCAAGGCGAACACGAACGCCUACGAGCGGCAGGUGGACUUCGGGAACAACCUGGAGUACACCCAGGGUCUGUCCAAUUCGCGGGCGGUGACCAAGCAGAAUGGCCAGCGGUUGGUGACCAACAGCCAGGCCCAGACGCAGGACGUGGACCUGGGUGGCCUGCAGCUGGGCAAUACUUUGACGAGGACCAGGACUAAUGCCAAUGGCCAGGUGUCGCAGGGCAUUGCCGAUCAGUUCCGGAUCGGAAACCUGGGCCUAGGCGCCUCCCUGUCGCCGCAGAAUCUCCAGAAUGGCUUUGGCCUGCAGCGCGGUGCCGACGGUGACCUCCGCCUGGGUUUGGGGCUCCUCAAUCUCGACCUGGACCGGAAUGUGGCCAACACGAACACCCUGUCGCAGGCGCAAGUGAAUGCCCAGGGCAAGGGCGCCAAGGCGGGAUCGAGCAGUAACUCACAGUCGAAUACCCAGAAGUAUGGUGGUGUCACCGUCACCGACACACGCUCCAAUUCGAAUGCCUUUGGCAAGACCAGAAGGGGUCAGACCUCGGCCUCCGCCGGCGGAUUUGGAGGCAAUGCGGCCACCAAUGGCCAGGUCUUCGGCGGUCCCUUCCAGCGGGUGGUGCGCCAGAGCAGGCCAAGGCCCAAGAGGAGGGCCCAGUUCGUGCCCUUUGGAUAUCCCGGUGGCGGUUUCGCCCCACGACCAGGACCCUUUGGGGUGGGUCUUCUGGACAGGCCGAGGAGGCAGUUCGGCGGGUUUGGCGGUUUCGGAGGUGGUCCCGGCUUCGGAGGAGGCGGUUUCGGAGGAGGACCUGGCUUUGGCCAGGCUCCCCAGUUCGGUGGCUUCUACCAGCAGCCAGAACAGCAGCAGCACCACAAGAAGAAGGGCAACAAGAACCAGGCGCACGGCAAUGCUAAUGCCCAGGGAGGACCCGGGUUCAACCAGCAGGCCUCGACCCAGAACCACGCCAGCGACGGGAACACGGGGAGCAGCUCCAUCAGCUCCAAUCUGGCCCAGGACGGCAGCAGUGGCCAGGUGAGCUCGGCGAACACCAACACCCACCAGGGUCAGACAGCCAACGGGGGCUACGAGAGCGACCAGAACUCGCAGAGUCAGGCUCUGAACUUCAAGCCGGGCGAGCAGCAGGCCUCCAGUGCGAAUGCCAACACCCAGCACACCCAGCAGGGCAACCGGGACACCUACUCCUCGAACAGUGGCUCCACCGCGACAAACAACAAUAUGUUCGGCUCCUCCACCAAUACGGCCAACACCAACUCGCAGGUGGUGCGGGAUGGCAACACCCAGGACGCGACCAGUGAUGCCAAUAGCCAGAGCAUCUUCCAGGGCAACAAUGGCCAAGGAGACGCCUCCGCCCAGACGAAUGCCCAGACGAGCAGCCAGCAGGGUCCCAAUGGAUACGUGUCCAACUCGGCCUCCAGCAGCGCCACCGCCACCGCCCAGAAUGGCCAGUCGGCCAAUGCGAAUGCCAACGCGAAUGCCGGUGGUGCCGGUGGUGCGGGAGCGGGAGCCAAUGCCGGUAGCUUCGGGGGCGGCGGUGGUGCCAACUCCGAUGCCAAUGCCGGUGGUUUCGGCGGCUUUGGCGGCGGUGCAGGAGCCAAUGCCGGCGCCAAUGGCGGUGGCUUCGGCGGUGGUGGUGCCAACAGCAAUGCCUUCGGCGGCUUUGGCGGCUUCGGAUUCUAUGGACUUCACCAACGAGCCCAGCAACAGAUUCGCUUGCAGCGCUGGCAGCCACGCCCCCAAAAUGGCAGUUCAUCCCGGAGCUCCUCCUCAUCGUCCUCCUCCUCGAUAAACGAUAACUUUGAGUACGUGUACUUCAACCACUCUUCGUCCCGCCUCGAAGAUCUGCGGCCUGAGAAUUCUGGCCAGGAUUUGGGUGGGGCAGGGCUACCGCUUAACACCUCGGUGGAUGCCUUUGGACCCUACGAUAGUACCCAGCGUCAGGGGCGGACCUUCAACUUGAUCUUCGACUGGAUCAGUGGACUCUUCAACUCGUGCGUCUCGCCCUGCACCUUGGAGGCCUUCCAGAAGCAGACCUGCUGCGAAACCUAUGUGGUGGAUCCCUCUUAUCCACCACCACCGCCUCCGCCUCCUCCACCCCCUCCUCCACAGACUUGCUGUGUCCCUGUGAGACCCAACUACCCCCCGCCACCCAGGCCAUUGCCCCCUCCUCCACCACCCAGACCCCUGCCCCCUCCUCCACCACCCAGGCCACUGCCCCCUCCACCACCACCGCCCAUGCCCUACCCCUACCCACCCAAUUAUCCCAAUAGGAACACGCCCGUGGUGGUGGUGGCCACGCCCAUCAACUGCUGCACCGUGUGCACAUUCACCUACUACGGACCUCCGCCCUGUGGGCGGCUCUACAACAACAACAGCAGCAGCGAUGGGAAGAGGGUCAUCUAUGUACCACCUCCCUACUAUGGCUAA